CCGCGCGCCAUGGAGGGCGAGGUCCUGGGAGAGGAUGCUCUGCUGCGGAAGCUCAGGGACAGCCGCCGCCGUUUCCAGAGGCGCAUGCAGCAGCUGAUAGAGAAGUACAACCAGCCCUUCGAGGACGCCCCGGUGGUGCAGAUGUCCACGCUGACCUACGAGACGCCCCAGGGAUUGCGAAUCUGGGGAGGAAGAUUAAUAAAGGAAAGAAAUACGGGACAAAUCCAGGGCUCCCCGGUGAAGACGGAAGACAGGACAAAUGGACCCCUGCAAGUCCCAGCUGGAGGUCACGAGCUUCCCUUGCCCUGCACACAAGUUGAGGAUUCAGUAAGCAGUGAUACUGAGACAACGUUAUUCCAAGAAGAUGUGGUUGCUGGUAACUUGAUGCCUGCAGCGCCCUGGAGCCCAUUGGAAAAUGAGCUAAGGAGGAAAUACUUGACACAAGUGGAUAUCCUGCUGCAGGAUGAAGGGCGUUUGGAGUGUGCCAGUUACGGAGAGGGGAAGGACACCCGUGUGACCCUGGUCCCUUCAUUGGCCUCGCCCGCCAGGCCUGCCCAAGGAUGCUACGGUGGCAACUCUGAAGAGAGCCCCGGUGGCCCAUUUCAGCCAACUUCAUUGCCCAGAGAGGGUGAUGCUUUGUGCUCUAGCUCAGCAGGCCUGGCCCUGGUGCCGAGGGGUGAUGGCAUCUCCUUACAGGGAGGGACCAGUGGCAGCAGCUUCUCAAGCAGCCCAUGCUCUGAGGCUGAGGACAUCUGCAACGCGACACUCAGCGAUCUGUACGCGGGCAUGCUGCACUCCAUGAGCUGCCUGCUGGGUGUGAGGCCCUCCUGCGUCAUCUCCACCAAGACGUUCAUCCGCCAGAAUUGGAGCUCCAAGCGGAGGCAGAGGUGUAAGAGCAGAAUGGAUAGAACGGGCUGCAGAGGAGGCGGGCGCUCUCGGAGGAGCCCCCGGGAGGGACGGCCACCCGGCUCCGAACCUGCGAAGGACGUGGCAGUGUUAAGAGAUUGCGAGAACGUACUCGAUGUUUCUGGCCAUAAGACGGGUUUAAACUUGCGAAGGGCUUUUCUUGAAGUAAACCAACCCCAGAUCCACGCAUUCACUUCACAUUGGAAGGAGCUUCCGAGAACGCCUCAGAAGCAUCAUUCUUCGUUGACUUACUUAGACUCCAAUGCAGUGUAUCAUCUUGAUCAGGAAAAUAGAUUCAUGACAUUAAAGUGGUUGAUUUCUCCUGUAAAAAUAGGUUCUAGACCCAGAGUACUGCCGGGCGAGGGAGGGAAUCGUUAUAGGGAGAUCGAAAUCAGAUUUGACAAGCUUCAUCAGGAAUAUUGCUCGAAUCUUAGGAAACAGCCCUGCCUGACUUACCUUCCCGGCUCCUCGGCUGUGGAUGUGUACAGAGGUGGUCCAGCAAGCCCUGGGAGCCCCCAGGGCAUAGAAGCCCACAGGCCAAGUAGCCCUCUCCGCAGAGCAAAAGCCAAGAGGUUGAGUGAGGCUUUUGAAAGCCUGGGCAAAGGAUCUAUCAGAGAGGGUAGCUGCUUACCAAAGAGUGACUCCUUCCCUUCGCUUUCAAAGACCAACUCCACAUGUAGCCCGGGCCGCUCGGAGCAGACCUCUGACCUUGCUUGCCAAGGAAAUGAUCCGGGAGGAUUUAGGAAGUCGGUAUCACUCAACAAAGCCAUUUCAGUACCCAGGGUACAACCUCCAGGCUGUGCCAGGGAUCGUUACGAUGACAUUAAAGAAAAAUUUGACAAGCUUCAUCGAAAGUAUUGCCAAAAAUCGCUUCAGCAGAUGCAGGUGCCUUCAUGUACCAGAGCAUCUCCAGAUAAAGCAAGUGUGGGAGUUCAGUAUCAAAAAGAAGACUUCUCAGGAAAAUUCCAUCCAGACUCUGGCUCCCAGGGCCCCCCAAACUUGUCAUCAUCACCCCAGCAGAACAUUAAAAGUCCCCUCGGCUCAAGCACAAUUAGGGCCCCUCCAUCUACAGGUUUUGCUCUCGAUGCCAGCUGGGGCCAUCAAGUCCCCACAAAACGACGCCGGUUAUCAGACCCUCAGGUGUGCAGACGGUGGGCUGGACCCUGGGAUUUCUCACCUGUGGGCAGAGCCAUCCCAAGGCCUGGGGAAGAGGCUGGCUCUGUAUAGGCCACCUGGGAAGAGAAGGUACGUUUCUGUCUGUCGAAUGUGGGCGUUUUGCAACAGGAUCCAGGAAAGAAAAACACAGCUUUCAGGAUGGAAGAGAAAAGUGAUUUCGUGUUAGAAAACCUCAAAGCUGAAAAUCUAUUAGCGGGGCCCCUGGAAGCAGAGUCCAGACAGCAGCUGGGCUCCUCUGGUUACCCCAGCACAGUGCCUGGCAAUGGACACACCAUCCGCAUGGGUGGAACUGUGGAACUGAAACGUGGUGAAGACACAAAGGGGGCUCCAGAUCCUCUGGGCUGA